AUGCGAAUCGACUCGGUGUGCCGCCCAUUGUCUUGCCGGCAGGUGUCACUCGAGGCUGCUACCUACGCCAACUUUGACGUGUGCUUGCACCAACGACGGCUCGAGCGACACCUCUGGCCUGCACCAGAUUGGCAUACUUCGACACUUGCCGCAGUGUCUGUAAUGAUGUCCGAACGUCGUGCUAGCGGGCUUGUUCCGUUGACGGCCAGCUCGCCUCGAGCGCACAACAAUCCGGCGAUCCCACGAGAUCUGCAACGACCAGUCAAAUCGGAAGCCUCCGCGUCAGCGUCAGGCGCGGCGCCGCCUCCACCUCCCACGAGUCCGGAUCGCAAACGACCGCGCUACGAGCCUGCGUUGGCAUCUCGCGAGAUGGCCGACGAGGAAGAGAUGGACGAGCUUGACGAGACCGAAGACACAUCCAAAAGGCCACGCGGUGAGUCGGACGAGCCCAAGAUCGAGCGCAAAGGCUCGGGACCCGAAAGCAUCAGCAGGUCGUCCUCGGCAGCAGCUCAUCACGCUCACUGGGCCGGCAGAAGUGCUUCGGCAACAGUUGAUUCGCGGUACCAUCAGCAGCAGCAACAGCAUCAACAACCACAACAUCCAUCGCAGUCUCAGCACCACCCUCAACCACCACAGCACCGCAUGCGCGAAGGCGUCGAGCCAGCCGGAGGACCGGAUUCGCGUCGCUACGAAUACGAGCGUCCCCAACCGAGCCGCUACGACUCUGGGUCAGGUAUGAGGGAGGAGGGCCGUCACAUUGGUGGCCUUGUUGGCGAACGAUACGGUGGCGAGGCGGACCGUGAGGCUCGUGAUCGUCUGGCGAUGGAGGGCAAGAUGGAAUACAGCUCGUCCUCUGCACGCAUGCCGCCUCCCGGCGCGGCCGAUCAUGCCAACCUUCCACCAGGCUUCCGAAAACGUGCCCCUUCGCCGCCACCGAGACUGCCAGGCUUCGCUUCGCUCGAACACGAGGGAAUCGGUCAUCGUCCACGAGAAGACGGCAUGAUGGGAGGUGCUUACUCCAGCUCGCCGCGUAGAGGCGUGCCCUUCCACGGCCCUUCGUACGGCAGCUAUCCCUUGCCUCAGAGUCGCACGCCGCUCAUGCAUCACCACCCGAGCCCGACGCCAUCGACGUCCUACGGAAACCCUCCCAUGAUCCACCCUGCUCUCGCAGGGCUGCCCGGUGCCGGUGGAGGUCCAGGCGGCAAGCAGCAGCCCAGCUUCGUCAGCAAACUCUAUUCGAUGCUCGAAGACCCUUCCAUUUCUGAUCUGAUCAGCUGGGGAUCGUCUGGCACGGUCUUCAGCGUCGCCAACCCCGCCGAGUUCUCCCGGCUGGUGCUUCCCAAUUGGUUCAAGCAUUCCAACUGGCAGUCAUUUGUACGUCAGCUCAACAUGUACGGUUUCCACAAGGUGAACCACUCGUACCAAGGCAACCCCACCGACGAAGUUCAGGUGUGGGAGUUUCGGCACCCCAGCUUCCGUCGAGGCGAGAUCGCCCUUCUCAACGAUAUCAAGCGAAAGAGCUCGAGGCAGAAGAGAGGCGGUUCACCGCGUGGAAGCAUCGGAGGUGCCGACAUGCGUGCCGACAGAAGCGGUGGCAGCUCGACGCCCUCUCCCGAAGUGCCCCUGGCCACCAUUCCCGGGCACGACGGCAUGAGGAUGAUGGGUGGCAUGGGACCUGGCGGACCUCGAGGUGGGCGUGAGUUCGGCUACGGUGACGACCGAAUGGACCCUCAUGGAUAUGUCGACCGACGCGAGAUGCGUGGCUAUCCCAGCGAGCGAGAGUAUGGGCCUGGAGGUCCUCGCGGUGUCGCUGCCGACGAGUACGGCUACAUGCGCGGGGGCAAGAUGGAAGGCCACCUUGGUCUGACACCUGCUGGCGGUCCGGCAGGUGCAUCCGGCAUGGGCCCACCAUUCGCAGCGGGUGGCACCGACGGCGCCCGUCGAGGUGCCGAACCCAUCAUGGAGCGCGCCGAAGCCAUUGCGCGCUUCGAAGAUCUCUCGGAACGUACCGACGCCAUCAUCCGGCACGCCUCGUUCCUCGAAAGUCAGAUCCGCCUGCUCACCGACCAACUGAUCGAGUCUCGAUCCUUCACCGAAUCGGCGGUGCGCGACGAGAUGACUUCCCUGCUGGACCGUCUGGAACGUGCUCUCAGCUCUCCCGCUCCACCGGGCGUCGAUCCGUCGGCAAAGAUGGUCGAGGUGCUUCGUGGUCAGCUCGCUUACUAUUCGCAUCGCGGCGGCGCUGGUCCGAACGAGCGCGUCAGCAAGCCGCCCGCUCCCUCCAGCAGCGCUGCCGGCGCUGAUCCAAAGCGUCCCAGUGUUUAG